AUGAACGAGGCAAUCUACCUUGCCGGGCUCUGCCGUUCUGCCCUCAACAACCUAACCACUUACAUGGCCGAUGUGCUCAAGCCUUCGCAAGGCUAUACUGCGGACGAUAUCCUUGCACUGCCUCUUGAUAAACACAGGAUCGAAGACAUCCUAUACGAUCUGCCCAGUCGCAAAUCUACUCGCCACAACUUAGCCGUGGCCAUUGCCUCGUUGUUGCAUCCAGUCCACGAUGGCUCACUCACAGCCAUUAUCCGCUACGACGCCGAUCGAGUCCGUCUCCGCGCAUGGGCAUCUCUCCAACGUCGCUACGACCUGCUACAGGCCACCAAACGCAACGGCAGAAUGGCCCCGGGCAUGACUGGCGGCGUCGAAGCCGGUGUCCAGGCGCCUGCAUGGGCUAGCCGUAUCACCAGACAAGGGCCGUGGGAUCGGUUUAAGAAACCCAUCUCGCUGGACGGCACCAAGGCGAUCCCCAUGCCGGUGAAAGUCGCCCAGGAGGCGGAACUGGCGCCCUUCUUCGAGCAUUUGUCCAACAACGGCAGCCACGAGAUUGACGGCAUCGAGGGCGCUGCCGAGCUCCAUGACGGCCACGGAGAGCCAUACUAUAGCGUUCGCGGCGCAGAGUUCCGCAAAGGCGUCGUGUAUGAAGAUGGCCGGAUGGAUCUCUGCAAAAUGGUUGUCGGACCUGACCAUAUCGGACGCCUGAUGGAUAGCUUGCGUACCAACACACACGUCCGACACUUCUUGCUGGGCAAUAACAUCAUUGGUCCGGCUGGAGUCGAGGCCAUUUCUCGAUUCAUCACCGAGUUUCCGGAGCGCAUGGAUACUUGGUAUCUUGCCGGCAAUUGCAUCCAAGGAGGAGAGAGCUUCAAGAUGCUGGUGGAUGCGUUGAUCAAGUCGCCAGCCGUGUCGAACGUCUGGCUGAAGCGGAAUCCCCUUGGCCCGGAUGCUGCCGAGGACGUGUAUCGCCUCAUUACCGAGACUAAGAAUCUUCAGACGCUGGAUCUUGACCAGACCGAGCUUGGGAACCGUGGCGUUGCUGACUUGUUCACCCGUCUGGCUGCCUAUUCUCCCCCUGAUGGCGGCAAGCUGCCUCUUCGACACAUCUACAUGAAUGGCCUCGGCAUCUCAACUGAGGGCGCUGCAGCUAUCGGCAAGUUCCUCGCAUCGCCACAUUCCGGCGUGACGUCCAUCUACAUGUCCUGCAAUCCCCUUGGUGACGAGGGAGCUCAGGCCCUGGCUGAUGCACUGCCCAAGGCACCGUAUCUGGCUCGACUGUUCUUACAAUCGGUUGGAGUCAGCACCCAAGGUGCCAUGGCGCUGUGCGAAGCCUUGACCGGGCACCCCAGCAUCAGGUCUCUGGAUAUCGGCCAGGCAUAUGCUACCGAAGACCUUGGCCAGGCGUAUAACUAUGUGGAAGACGAGGCAAUCCCAGCCAUGACUCAACUCCUCAGGGGCACGCCUCAGCUGCAGUUCUUCAACUUGGGACACUGUGCCACCACGCCGCCGGGCCUCCUCAAGCUGACCCCAGCGAUUCUUGAGAAUCCCAGCAUUUUGUAUUUCUUUGCAACAUCGAUCUUAGCUGAUACGUCCAGGAAGCCGGUGGCUUUUAUACCGUCAAUCGACACAGCAUUCCCUCAUCCGGAUGCUCCAUCCGCGGAACAAAUCAAGUCGGACAAGGCCAUACGAGAGCAUCUCGAAGCCAAUGUGAAGACAACCUUUGGCCAGGACAUGUCCUAUCCAGACUUCAUGGCUGAAGAGAAACGCUGGCUCGUCAACGACAAAGUAGUGCGCAAAAUCGACAGUGUGUAUCGCAACCGGGAUGCAGGACUGGCGCGCCGUCGCUUGCUGACUCUGGUCAAAAAUUGGGAAGAGGGAGAUGACACUUUGCAGAGAGUCAUGAAUGCUCGUGGAGCACCGAGCUGCUCGUUGCGAUAA